UUGGGUGAGUUCAUGUUUUAGUCUUCCGUUCCGUAUGCGUUAACCUUGCCACAGUUUCCGACAGCUAAUGUUUAGAGUUUAAACGUAUAAUUAUUAAUCAGAAGCUUCAAUUUACCAUGUCGACUUUGUAUGUCUAGCAACCCGCCGAUCCCCCACAUUACUAUUGUUCGAGACCGGAAUCGGUACUCCUGAGUGUCGCCAGCGUUCUUCACAGCUUGUCCGUAGAUUUUGAAAUCGCAGCUAUCCUAAAUAUAAACACCAUCCAAUGUUAUGGAGUCAUUCCUAUGUUCGUUUGCUCCAGGUUUCGCCAGGCAUAUUUUGUUUGUAGCGAACUAUUCUUAGGUCGCGAUCGGCGGUGCUACCCAAAACAUAUUUCGAGUCGUAGCGGUAGAAGUCCACAAAUGAGCCUUGACAGGUUGCGAAAAACCAGACUGCUUGAUUUGCACCCAGCAUACUCCAACCUUAGUUAAUUUGUUUGGAUGCAAACGCCGUAUCUUAGUACCUACAUGUUUAUUCAGGCCCUCCUGAAACUCCGAGCAACCUGGUUGCCGAAGGAGUAGCCACAUGGCACAGCCUUCUGGACCUCCCCCCGGCUGGAAGAGCCACCCUACUCUGCUCUGCCUGAAGGACCUCGACGAGAGGGUCUCCUCACGGCUGUUCCUGGCCUCUGCGGCACACUCCCCCUGGGGCCACCUGCGGCCCUCCUUGAUGCUUCUGGAGUACUCUGCUCACGGCAUCCCUUGGCUCAUGGGCACAUGCUCCCUCAUCUGGUUCGUCAGUGACAGAGACUCUGAGGCAUUCUAUGUCAACCUGCUCUUGGCCCUUAUACUGGAUCUCAUCGCCGUCGGCUGCAUCAAGGCCAUCGCCCGGCGCAAACGUCCCCCUGCGAACAAAAACGACAUGUUCGUCACAGUGUUGAUGGACAUGCACUCCUUUCCUUCGGGUCACGUGUCCCGCGUUGUUCUUCUAUCCUGCAUUGUGCUUUACCUCACCUCGCUCUUUGGGCUCUUUAAAUUCGUCUUCCUCAUCUGGUGCCUUGCGUUGGCGGCUUCACGGGUGCUCCUUGGGAGGCAUUACGUUGGAGAUGUGUGCGGUGGCGCCAUCCUAGGACUAAUCGAGUACUACGUCAUCACAGGCAUCUUCUGGAUGAACACAGAGACUGCCCUGGCCUUUGCGUCCUACUUUACAACAUUUGACAGCCUUCACGGUGGGAUUAACGAGGUCGAGGUUUGACCGCCUGGUUCAUUUGAAGUUGCGAGUCUCAAUUCGUGUUACAAGAAGGACGAAGUUUUAUGCUGGUAACAUGAUCAAACGGUGGAACAAAUAUGCGCCCGGUGGCGCAUGCCGGACGCCAUAAAUAUGGUUCUGGUUUGGGACAUUGGCUGGCAUGGUCACUCUUUCAUGAUCCCAUCCUCGUCCUUUCAUGAUCCCAUCCUCGUCGCCAAAAUGUGGUGCUUUCGGUGGCACCGCAGAAAAGUGAUCAUGCUGGCCAAUUGUGUUCUAAACCAGGAUGCUUUUUUACUUCAAAACACAAACAAAGAGAAAUGUGUGAUAAUGACUGAUAUUGAUGAACAACCUGCUGCUGCAGUUGGUGAUGAUGAGGGAAAUGGUUCCAACAUGUAAUCAAGAAUACAACUUGGCUCUCUUUUGCAGAGUGUCAUGUCCGUUAGAAAUUGUAACGAGGAGACACCAGGUUACGCAGCUGCUAACCCAUGCUGGCUUGGUUUGUGGAAACCUGAGUGGCACGGGUGAAUUGUCACACUAUUGUGCUCCUUGUUAUGCUAACAUUAUUGCCUACAUGGCUGUGAAGUGGUCGGAGUGUUGAAUUUGAACAAUGGGAGGCUGCUUGAACCUGAUCAAGAUUGAGGAAAGAAUAAACAUGUAGGACAAAGACAACACAACCAAACCUUUCUGAAAGAUGUGGUUGUGUUGUCUUCAUUCUACAUCUUUAUUCUUUCUUCAAUCUUGGCCUGCACCAACACACUCUUUGUCUAUUAAUAUGUAACCUGAUCACUGUCAGUGUUGCUGAGGUGUGCAGAGCGGUGAAUUAAUGUUGGUGUUGAUCUGCCAGGCAGAAACAGCAUAAAAUCAUUUAUGCCGUUUC